CUGCCCGCAUCCGAGCCUAGGUCUCGGGCUACAGUCCCAGUUUCAGACGCAGUGCUCGCGUAUCCGUCACUCGAGCUCAGUGUGUGUGCCAGCACUCGCUUCUUUGACCACCCGGUUCUACAUCUGAUUACCUCUAACCAUGUCGGACAGUGAAGAAUACACCUCUUCCGAAGAAGAGGAGGAGGAGCCCCCCAAACCAGUCGCCAAACCAGUUGAAGCUAAAAAGGAUGACGGUAAAAAAUCAGCCGCCGAUGCGGCUAGGGUUAAACAGCAAGAGCAGGACCGUAAAAAGGCUGAGGUGCGCAAGCGUCUCGAAGAGGCUGCGGCCGCCAAGAAAGCCAAGAAAGGUUUCAUGACUCCCGAGAGAAAGAAGAAACUUCGGCUCUUGUUGCGUAAAAAAGCUGCAGAGGAAUUGAAAAAAGAACAAGAACGUAAAGCGGCCGAACGACGACGCAUCAUUGAAGAACGCUGCGGCCAGCCCAAGAAUCUAGACGACGCCAAUGAGGCCGCCCUGAAGCAGAUCUGUGUCGACUACAAUGAACGCGUUAUCAUGUGCGAGUCGCAAAAAUGGGACUUGGACUUUGAAGUCAGAAAAAAAGAUUACGAGAUCAACGAGAUCAACAUCCUCGUCAAUGACCUCCGAGGCAAAUUUAUUAAGCCUUCUCUGCGCAAAGUAUCCAAAUAUGAGAACAAAUUUGCCAAACUUCAAAAGAAGGCCGCCGAAUUCAACUUCCGUAAUCAGCUUAAACAAGUGAAAAAGAAGGAAUUCACAAUGGAGGAAGAGGAUAAGGAGAAAAAACCGGAUUGGUCAAAGAAGGGAGGUGAAGGCGAGAAGAAGGAAGGAGAAGAGGGAGAAGGCGAAGCACCGGCUGAAGGUGAAGCUGUUGCCAAUGCCGAAGAGGCUCCUGCACCAGUUGAGGGAGCUCCACCGGCGGAAGGCGCUCCAGCUGACGCAGCCCCCGCUGAAGCUGGCGCAACGGGUGAACCCGCACCGGCCGACGGCCAGCCACCAGCUGAAGGCGCACCACCCGCCGAUGCCCCUCCUGCCGACGGGGCACCACCUGCGGAUGCUCCUCCUGCCGAUGGGGCACCACCUGCGGAAGCCCCUGCCGCAGAAGGCGCUCCUCCCGCCGAUGCUCCUCCCGCUGAGGGUGCUCCACCUGCUGAUGGCGCUCCACCUGCCGAAGCCCCAGCUCCGGCCGAUGGAAGUACACCGGCACCACCAACUGAGGGUUCCGCUCCUCCAGCAGAAGGCCAAGCUGCCGCAGUAGAUGGGGCACCGCCUGCGGAAGGCGCACCGUCCGCAGCGGCACCACCAGCCGAGCCCGCUGCAACUGAAGCUGCCCCUGCCGAAGCUGCUGCCCCUGCCGAAGCUGCUGCCCCUGUCCCACCCGCUGAGGAAGCGCCUGCUAGUUAGAUACUAGUCCAACCAGCUGAAAACAUACACGAUUGACGUCUCCAGUGGAAGUCUUCUUGCCUCCUUUAUACCAACGAAUUAGUCAGCUGAAAAUAUGUAAUUGAAACUGUUGGGGUUGGCGUCGGGUAACACGGAGGGUGAAGGUUGGAUAGGUUUUUUGUUUUUUGUUUUUUUCCACCUUUUGUUCAACUUAUUUUUCUUAACACUGUUUGGCUACAAAAGAUACGGAAGGGAUGAGGGAACUAAUAAAUUGGGAUUUUCAAUUGUUCAGACCUAUCUUUCACGCGAUGCCUCUUUUCUGUGUAAUCUUUUGGCUUCAAUCUCUGGACUGAAGAUUUGUUUUAAGAACUGAAAAAUCGUGCUUCUAAAAGACAAACAACAAGCUUACCCGCUAUCACAAUACACACAGUUCAUGAAGGA